CUUUACUUUGAAAAUAGGAACCGGAAACACGCUCUGACGUAAUUGUAGCUGAGUUUAACUGCCAUCAGGACAGCAGGCAAGUCUUCGUGUAGGAUCGGUUUACGUUUUGUUUCUUUAGUUAAUUCUGCCACCAGAGGCCUUUUAGAAGAGCAGUAGACAAACGUUAAGCCUUUGAUACUGCGGGUAGCCGUGUACCGGGAGCUGCUUGGUGUUCACGCCGUCGUUAGGAGCUGAUUACGAGCCUCUGCCGGUGCUGCGUCACGUUGUUUGCUCCUCGGAGCUCCUGAAACACCGGAGUCAAGAACAAACCUCUAAUUAUUGGUAUAUCACGAAAUCAUGGCAGACCUUGGCAUCAGAGCAGGAGACCAUGUGGUGCUGGUGUGGGCUCAGCCUUCAACACCUACAGCCCUGAAGCAGUACGCAGAGGAGCUGGGAGCGGUCGUCGGUCCGGAUGGCAGAGUGGCGGUGGAGAACAUGGACAGGCUGCUGCUGUCCUCUCAUGCGGCCUCCACCUUCAACUGGGUGCUCUCUUGCCUUCUGGCUGACAGCUCCUCCAUCCACACUUCAGAGACUCUAGCAGAGAUAGCCAGAGUGCUCAAACCUGGAGGGCAGCUGGUCCUUGAUGAACCAGUUACAGGUAAGAGACAAAAGAAGUUGGCUGGAUCCAGCCCCUGAUUUUGUGCCAUGCUUAUAUCAGUUUGCUGUCUCGUCAUUCAGAUCAGCAAAGCAGAGCUCAGUCCUGAAGCGCUGAGCUCCCUCAGGGCAGCCUCUGGUUACCAAGGAGACUCCCUGUCUCGAGUCCGCGUAUCUGCCUCCAAACCCGACUUUGAGGUGGGGUCAUCGAGCCAGAUCAAACUGUCGUUUGGGAAAAAGACAGCCAAGCCAGCAGAGAAACCUGCUCUGGAUCCCAACACGGUGAAAAUGUGGACGCUGUCAGCCAACGACAUGAACGACGAUGAUGUGGAUCUGAUGGACUCGGAUGCUCUGCUGGAUGAAGAUGACUUGAAAAAACCUGAUCCAGCUUCUCUUAAAGCUCCGGCCUGUGGAGAAGGAGCCGACAAGAAGAAGAAAGCCUGCAAGAACUGCACGUGUGGGCUAGCUGAAGAACUGGAGCAGGAGAGUAAAGGAAAACAGAAGACGGACCUGCCAAAAUCAGCCUGUGGAAGUUGUUACCUUGGCGAUGCUUUCCGAUGUGCCAGCUGCCCGUACGCGGGGAUGCCGGCGUUCAAGCCGGGAGAGAAAAUCGUUCUGGACAACAAAACACUGACGGAUGCUUGAAACACAACUUCAGCAACGCGCACUGCUCAAACCUCAACACAUGACAUUCCUCUCUUUUCCGACCCUGUAGACACGAUUCCCUCUGAUUAAACCCCGAGGAUCAGUGAGGCACCUCGCUGAUCCAUUUUGUUUAUAAUCCACACGGGAGUAAAUAUGCACUGAGAAUGUUUGAGUCCUGCUGUGAUGAGAUUUAAAACAUAAAGUAAACUCUCAAGAUGCAAUUACACCAUA